GACCACAAUGGAACAUAAGGGGACAGUGGACCUGGAAGAUGAUUUGGGAUUAUUAUCACGCCUUGCCCCUAGUCCUCACAGUGAAACAGUUGCCCAUGAAUUCAAAGAACUCUCUUUGCAUCCAAACCAGUAUUUACCUCCUCUCAAAGAAAGAAAGAAUGUUCUUCAGCUGAAGCUACAGCAAAGGCGAACAAGAGAGCAGCUGGUGGACCAGGGAAUCAUGCCACCUUUGAAGAGCCCAGCUGUGUUUCAUGAGCAAAUAAAGAGUUUGGAAAGAGCCAGGACUGAAAACUUUCUGAAGCAUAAAAUACGCAGUAGGCCUGAUCGAUCAGAAUUAGUCAGGAUGCAUAUUCUUGAAGAAACGUUUGCAGAACCCUCUCUCCAGGCCACUCAGAUGAAGUUAAAGAGGGCGCGACUUGCAGAUGACUUAAACGAGAAGAUCGCUCAGAGGCCGGGCCCUAUGGAACUUGUGGAGAAGAAUAUUCUUCCUGUAGACUCCAGCGUCAAAGAAGCCAUUAUAGCGGUUGGUCAGGAGAACUACCCUCAAGCUGCGGAUGAUUUCUCGUUUGACGAAGACAGCAGCGAUGCUUUAUCUCCCGACCAGCCUGGUAGUCAGGAGUCCCAAGGGUCAACCGCUUCCCCCGGAGAACCCAAAGCGAAAGAAGUACCCUCGCCGGUCACCCCAGCUUCCUCAGCCACGCAGUAUCCCCCCAUAACAAUACCAGGACCUGACUUUUUGAAGCCACCUGUCACAGAUCAGCAUGUCACACGCACAACCGCUGCUCCUCUUACCACAAAUUCUGUGACUGCCACAAAACACUGCAGUGGGCCAACACUAAUAAAGCAACUUCACCCCAAGAACCCCAGUGACAGACCCCGGAGCAAGAAAAGCAAAGAACCGAAGCCCAGAGUGAAGAAACUGAAGUACCAUCAGUAUAUUCCCCCCGACCAGAAAGGAGAGAAAAACGAGCCCCCGAUGGACACCAACUACGCCCGUUUGCUGCAGCAGCAGCAACUGUUUUUGCAACUGCAAAUCCUGAGCCAACAGCAGCAACAUUACAAUUACCAGACAAUUCUUCCUGCACCACUCAAGCCAGUAAAUGACAAACAGGGUAACACUGGGAAUGUACCACUGACUACUUUGAACAACAGCACAUCUUCAGUAGCGGUCAGCGCACCAAGACAGAACACUAAUAUUUUACACAGAAAGCCAGGACCUCUUCCUCCCAGCUUGGAUGAUUUGAAGGUAGCUGAACUGAAAAUGGAAUUAAAGCUAAGAGGAUUGCCUGUGUCUGGAACUAAAAUAGAUCUCAUUGAGCGCCUGAAACCCUAUCAGGAUCUUAACAAUAAUUCUGUCGGCACAAUUAACACAGUGGCAGCAACUGCUUCCAGUAACGGAACCAGUAAACCUGGAGAAGCCACUACUCCAUUCCCCGCCCCGCCAUUAAAUAAGCAGGCCAUGAAUUCUGCUCCCAGUUCCUCUUCAGAAACGACGCCGGUUGCGACUGGCCACAAAACGGGACCCCUGGAACACGUGGGCUCCCCUUUGCCCAUCUCGCCCUCUCCUUCGGAACAGUCCAGUCUCGGAACGGACGAUGCCAACAUGGCCGACACGUUGACGGAAAUCAUAACCAUGAUGUCUCCGUCGCAGUUCCCAAGCGCUUCCCCUCUUCGAGCGGCCGCGAACGAAGACUCCGGAAAUACGUCCGGCAUGGACCUGGACGCCACUGAGAAGGACCGCAAGCUUCAAGAGAAAGAGAAGCAGAUCGAAGAGCUGAAAAGAAAACUGGAACAAGAGCAGAAGUUAGUGGAAGUGUUGAAAAUGCAGCUGGAGGUCGAGAAGCGGAGUCACCCUCUUCAUCCCCCUCAGGGCCAGGCUUCUGCUAAAACGCCGAUGCCUUUGAACCGGCAACAUAACAACAACUCUGUUAAAGAAGAAAGCACCCUGGCAGACAGCGCUAAGGCAAGGCAGUUGGUCUCUGAUGCCAGCCAUGUUUUAGGGCAGCCCAGGCCAGCAGAUCUCCAAAACCUAGUUGCCAAAAAGGCCCUGGUUAUCAAGCAAGAGAUACCUGUAGCCAAAGCUGAGCCACAAAAGGUCAUCUCUCAGUUCUAUGUGAGUUCACAGAGACAGCCACAAACUGCGGUCGUUGCCCAUCCCCAAGCGCUUCUGGCUGCGCAAGGGACUGCCCAGCUGCUACUGCCACUCUCUCUGCAGGGUCCAAAUUCAGCCACUUCAGUGCAGCUGCCUGUGAGCAACAUCCAGGUACAGGUAUUUCCUCCUACCUCACCUAACACAGUGUUUUCCUAUCAGAAUCCGUCGGCUACCAACCUGCAGCAACCUUUGUUUAAGCAAGCCUCAAACACGACGCCUCACUCAGGAAACCAAGCACCCUUAGUGCAAAAUGGACCGAAUCCUCUUCAGAAGCCACCUUCCCCAGCUCAGUCCCAGCAAUACCUUUUGCAACAGUCCUUGUUCAACAGUUCAGCAACCAAAACAAAAGACCCUCCACGCUACGAAGAAGCCAUCAAACAGACGCGCAGCCUGCAGUCUUCUCACCGAGAAAUUUCCAAUGCCCACAGCCAGCAUAUGGACGAUCUUUUUGAUAUCCUCAUUAAGAGCGGAGAGAUCUCUAUGCCUAUGAAGGAAGAACCCGCUCUGAUUUCCAAGAUGAGGCCAGUCACCGCCAACAUCACCACCAUGCCAGUCAACACCGUGGUGUCACGCCCACCCCCACAAGUCCAAAUGGCGCCUCCUCUCUCCUUAGAACCCACCAGCAAUUUCUCUUUGUCUCUGGAGAAUCAGUUAGAAGCUCUUUUGGAGGGAACUCUACCCUCAGGUAACGGGAUGCCUCACCUGACCAGCGGUAACGAAGACAAGGAAUCCUUCUCGGUCAUUGAGGAUCUACAGAACGACCUUCUUAAUCAUACUGGCAUACUAGAUCACUCUCACUCCCCAAUGGAGACUUCUGAGUCGCAGUUCACUCCCAGUUCAUGUUUAUCCCUGGACCUCCCAGACCCCAAUUUAGACAAUAUGGAGUGGCUAGACCUCACCAUGCCAGCCACUUCCUCGGGAUUAACGCCGCUCAGCUCGACGGCUCCCAGCAUGUUUUCAACAGAUUUCCUGGAUCCACAAGAUCUGCAGUUGCACUGGGAUUAA